AUGCAGACCGUUUUCCGGGCGCGAGGCUGCGCUUUAGCCGCGGCACGACAGCCCCAUGCGUCACGCAGGAUCCGCGCGGCACUCGUGCCCUUGCGGUCAUGGCUACCCGUUUGUACACAGCGUGGUGCCUUUUCAUCGUCUCCAUUGUCGUCUUGGACGAGUCCAGAUCCAGAGUUUCCAGUUUCUGCUUUUGAUCAAAGCAAGGGUCAGAGCCGUUUGUGUGCAAGUCUGGCAUUGGCAGCAAUGGGACUGGUAUGUGCAGUGAUGGAAGCGGCUACGGAUGACAAGAAAAUGGCAGAAGUGACGAAGGAAAACCCCGAAGAGAUUACUAAAUACAUUAACGAGCGUCAAGAGGAUGUUCAAGCUGCAGCUAAGAAAAACAAAAGAAGUAAACGAGCUUUAAGGAAGAGAAAGUCAAGUGUGAGAGAUGGCAAAAUGGUCGUCAGCACUGCAGCGGUGCGGGGUGACCGCACGUACAUGGAAGACACGUCGUAUGUAUCUUCUUGUAAGCGGUUUGCGGCAGUAUACGAUGGUCAUGGAGGUGCGGCGGUGUCGCAGUAUUUACGUGAUCAGCUCUUCUCGAGAUUAGCACCGGAGAUAGCACAAUUAGAUCAGGAAAUUUUUGCUGAAACAAAGGGCGAGUCGAAUGUAAUGGUAAAAUCAAGACGACGUCAAAAGAUCGCAACAAUGUUGCGCGAUUCGGUGCAUAAGCUGGAUGAAGAAGUAAUUUCCAAGAAUGAAUGGAAGUUUCAAGGCUCGACUGUAGUCGGGGUGUUCUUGUUUGAAGACGUGCUUUAUUCGCUUAACGUAGGUGAUAGUCGCGCGGUGCUGUGUCGAUCUGGAGACGUGGUGGAACUUACGCGGGAUCACAAACCCAAUGACCCACAGGAACGUGCCAGGAUUGAGUCUCUAGGUGGUCGAGUGCAGUGGCAUGGCUACGUAGAUGCCCAAGGUGAGCCGAUCGAACCGUAUGGAGCAUAUCGGGUGAAUGGCAAUUUGGCAGUUGCGCGAGCCAUCGGAGACCGUGAUUCGCGACCAUUCAUCAUUGGCGAGGCGGAGAUUCGACAGUACGACAUCGAGUACGACAAGGACGAGUUCAUUGUGAUCGCGUCGGACGGGCUCUGGGAUGUAUUCACCAGUAGCGAGGUAGUCGAGUUUGUGCAAGACGUCAUGAGCGGCGAGCUUGGCGGUCGUGAGGCGUGGAGCAGUGGUGGUCAUAGUGACACUCGCGUUCCAAUUUUUGAGUGGUCACAACAGUAUACGAGCGAUCGUUCCAUGAUCAAAGCUGCGCGCAGGCGGCGGAAGGUACAGAUCGCCAAUUACUUGGUGCAGGAGGCGCUUUUCCGCGGCACUUCUGACAAUGUCUCCGUCGUGGUGGUGUGGCUUCGUUGA